GCAUGGUUGUGCUGGGCAGGCGAUGGGGCGAGGUCUUGUCGGCGCAUGGCGGAGAAGGAGGAAGUUGAAGCAGGGGACCAGCAUCGGAUCCUUGCAGAUCAGGUGAAGACAAACCAAAGGGCGUCUAGGCCUUUUGCCAAAGCCUGGCGUUCUUACUGCGAUUCCCACGGGGAUGGCUUCUAUGAUCCUGCCAGGCACCCUAAAGAGUUCUUGGAAGACUUCUUGAAAACUGCCGCCGACAAACAUGCAGAUUCCGACGAUGAGGAUUCCAGUGACUCCUCGAGUCGCAGCCGCAGCCGGCGGCGUAGCCGGCGCAGACGUCGUCAUGGUACUGGUCGGCAUCGCACCCGGCACCGACGACGACGGCGGGAUCGAGGACGAACCCGGCGCAAAGGUCGUCGACGGAGGUCCAGUUCUAGCAGCUUGUCAGGUGAAUUGCCAACAAGAAAGGCCGCCAUCAAGGGUGCCGAGCGUGCAGUGGCGGCGGCCCUGAAAGAUUUGGAAGCCUUGAGAGCAGCCAAGCCUCCAGAUGAGGACGAGGCGGCCCAGGUUGAGGAGGAGCAAACGCAGCAGAAGGAGGUGGAGCAAAAAUUUGAGAAGCUGAAGGCUGAAAUUGAAGCAGCGAAAGUAGAUAAGAUCCGAGAAACUGAAAGAAAAAUUGAGGAGGAGAAGGCGACGCGAUUGAAGGAGGCGGAGGAGAAGCUCAACGAGUCCUCAAGCUUUAGUGCAGCAAAACUGGCAAAGGCCAUUGCGAAACACCUCAGGGAUGCAGAAACCAAGCUUCGCUCUGAGGCUCAGGACCGUAUUGAUGCAGUCAAGAAGAAAGCCGAGGCUAAAUUGACUUCAGCGAUGCAGGAGGUACCUUCUAAGAUCGAAUCCUCCUGGGCUUUGCAAAUGACCCGCCUUGAACAAACUGCUCGGGAUGCGCGUGCUGCACUUGACGCACUACGCAAGGAAAGCAAGGACAAGUGAGAAGCAAAGCAAAGGCAGCACAUGCGAAGCCUUCUCUUCGGGGAGAGCC